GAUAUUAACCUCACAUAAAUAAUUUCCAAAUAAAUACCACUACCCGCAAAAUGAAUCAUAGCGAAAGAAGAAACACGAAAAAAACAUUGAGCUGAAUUUCCAAGAUUUUGCUGAGUCACCAACGCCGUGAAAAUAGAUGUCGCCACCACCUUAAACCUCGUUUCUAUGAAAGAAGCUUUGAUUAUUCCCAACCAGAGGGCGGUAGUGUCCGCGGGAAAUUCAAAGCAAGCGCGAAGUAUAUCCGCGUGAGCGGUUGGAAGCGAGACAGCAAGAGCGUACAGGGAGCAGGAUAACUGGUUGCUCUGAGCAUGGGGGAGGGCGGCGGAACAGGAGCGCACGCCGUAGUAGUCACGGUAUCCAACCCCCAUGUACAACCCGUGUCCGUCGAAUUUUAAUGGCGGCCGACCCCGACGGUAUCCCGCUUAGUGUUAUUGUAAUUGACACACUUGGUACGUCACAACUGUGAACGUUUCUGUUAAAUAAACCAUCGGAUUACUCAACAAUAACCAGUGCGUGAACAAGUGUAUAUUAAUAAUAAAUAUAAACAACCAGUGUAUUAUAAAAAUCUAAAAUCUAUACCUAUAUAUUAUACAUCUAUAUCUAUAUAUACAUAUAGUAAAACAGUGAGUGGAUAUAUAAUUUGAUAUAAUAUAUUGUUUAUUGUGUGUCGCGAGCUCAACGACCUGGGCGACGAUCGAAUAAGAUUCAUGUUUGCACACCAUCCUCAUCAUGCUCAAGACUGCUGUUACUCUCGAUUUAGUGACUCCUUGAUCCUCAGAUUCAACAAAACCGAGAAACAAUGUCCCCGUGUGUUCUCUAUCGAAUAAGGAAUUCGAGACAGUGAGCAUGAUGCUGGAGUGUGAAUACACACGGAGCUGGUAGCGCCUUUUAGACAUUGGCCAACUACCAGCAGGGUUCUUUUUCCCUUUCUAUUCCCUCUCCCUCUCUUUAUUCCUUCCCCAUUUGCUCUAUACCCAUUUCAAACUUCUUUAUAAAAAAAAAGAAGAAAAAAAAAUCUUUUUUUACCUUUCCUUUAACUACUACAACUACAACUAUUCCUACACCACUGACACCGAUACUACUACGACUACUAGCUCAGCUACUGGGAUCACCUCCAUCACCAUUACGACCAUUACUACAACUCAUUAUACAUUAUUUUUUGCUCUCCUUCCCAAACUCUUAACCCUGUAUGUUUUAUCCACUUUUACCACGACGAAAUGAGACUCUUUGGACCAAAAGCUUUUGCCAUUUUACUGGUGGUACCACCGCCACCACGAUUACGUACGCCGACAUCGCCCCAGCAAACAGCAACACAAACGCAAACACCCGUACUGAGAUCACCACAAAGCUUGAGGUCCAUCGAAUCAGUCCUUUCAUCAGUAUGGCUAUUCACACUGGUCCUUGUAACACUGACAAUAAGUACAACAAUAGCAUCUGCACAGACCGUCCCUUCGUCAUCAUCCGCCUCAUCAGCCUCCUCGUCCUCCUCCACAGCUUCGGCAUCCUCUCAUCUGUCCCAAGACAACUCGACCCAGCAUAUUGUCGCAAGGUAUCCACCUGAAUCCGGGCUAAGGCUCAUCGACACUUAUCCCAAAUUGGACGCCAAUUCAACCCGUGAAGGACCACUACGUUUCAAUCAUCUCACGAUUGAUCCAACCACCGGGAGACUCUAUGCCGGAGCUGUUAAUAGACUGAUGCAAUUUGACGCAAACCUCAAAUUAGAGAAACUUGUAUCCACUGGACCAAGGUUAGAUAAUCCCCAGUGCCAUGCAACCGGAUGUACAUCACGUGAAAUGACAACCUCGUUGAUGGACAAUGUAAACAAACUCCUGAUAGCGGAUCUGGAGUCAAAGACACUGAUAGCGUGCGGUUCUUUGCUUCAAGGUGCCUGUGAGAAGUACAAUAUAUCGAAUAUCUCACAGAAGCCAAAUUUCUUACCGCACAGUGUAGCUGCCAAUGACGAGUAUUCAUCAACGUAUGCAUUUAUCGGGCCAAAACGAUACAAUGCCUGGGAGCAUACCAGCAACAUUCUCUACGUCGGGACAACCUUUACAAAUAACGGCGAGUAUCGACACGACGUGCCAGCGAUAUCCAGUCGUCAACUAGGUACUCUUGAGUAUGCACAGUACACAUUCCAGAAGCAAUCAAUACUUCACAUUGACGUUAAAUACCGUGAUCACUUUCUCGUUAAGUAUAUUUAUGGUUUCAAUGCAAGUGAUUAUGCAUACUUUGUUCUUGUACAGAAACAAUCAUAUUUGCCGGAACAAGAGGAAUUGGGUUACGUAUCACGGUUGGCACGUAGCUGUAUUAAUGAUUCUAAUUACGAUAGUUACACCGAAGUGACGCUACAGUGCAAUGUUGAUAUGGGAAACGGUACCGAGCAAGUUUAUAAUUUAGUACAGGAUGCCAAAGUUGCUGCCGCCGGAAGUGAUUUAGCCUCCCAGUUGGGUAUCACUACGGGUGAUCCAGUAUUUGUAUCGGUCUUUUCGCCCAGCAAGGGAAUCACCAAUGACCCGCUGCCCCGUUCAGCCCUCUGUGUCUACAGUCUCCAAGACAUCGAGGCUAAAUUCAACGAAAACAUCUACAUGUGCUUUAACGGCAGCAUCAAGUACCGCAACAUGGGUUACAUAAGCGGGCCAAUACAGGACGGAGAAUGUCCGGAGGCCGGUACCACCGGCAGUAUUAUUAAUUUCUGUGAGGUUGGUCUCAAAAUAUCCGGCGUGUCGCCGAUUAUCGGGCAUGCCAUUCUACAGUUUCCCGAUACUUUCGUCACCUCGGUAACAGUUGCCAACACCGAGAGCCAUACUGUUGCAUUUUUGGGCACCAACGACGGUCUGUUGAAGAAAGUCCUGCUGUCAGGCUCCGAGUCGUCCGUCUACGAGAGCGUCGUUGUUGACAAGGGACACAGAAUAAUGUCAGACAUGAUACUGUCCUCCGACGGGGCUUACAUUUACGUUCUGUCGGCUGGAAGAAUAACUAAAGUCAAAGUUGAGCACUGCAGUGAUUACACCAGCUGCAGUACGUGUUUGGACGCUAAAGAUCCUUACUGUGGAUGGUGCUCGCUAGAGAAACGCUGCACUGUCCGCAGUACGUGUCAGAAAGCAAAUCGCAGCAGUCCAAGGUGGCUGUCGUUGAGCACCGGGCAGCAGUGCAUUGACUUUGAGCAAGUGCUACCAGAUCGUCUGCCUAUUAAACAAAUGGCAACGGUCCAACUGACCAUCAGAACACUGCCGGAAUUACCAUCUGGCGCUAAUUACAAGUGUGUUUUCGGUAAUUCUGAGCCGAUCGACGCAAUAAUGACCGGUUCCGGAUUGUCUUGUCCAGCUCCGGUGAUUCAGCGUCGUCCUACGAUACCCGAGGGCACAGAUCACGUCUUGGUACCGCUGUCAGUCCGUUCCAGUGAGACCAACAAAGAUUUUGUGUCGCGUAACUUUGCGUACUUUGACUGUUCAAGACACACUUUGUGCUCGGAGUGUGUCACCUCACCGUGGAGCUGCAGCUGGUGUGUUUACGACAACAAGUGCACUCACAACACAAGCGGCUGUCAGGGUAACAUAAUAUCCGGAGAGAACGCCAACGCAGCGACCCUGGCUGCUCACGGUGUUCAAUACUGUCCGAGAUUUUCUCGACGACAAGAGCCGCUGAUGCUACCGAACAACGUUCCGAAAGAAAUAGUGCUGGAGGUUGAAAAUUUACCGCAUCCACAAAUUGGUCACACUGGCUUUCAGUGCAUUGUGUCAAUAGAGGGAGCUAAUUUGCGCGUACAAGCCCGAGUAGACAGCAGUAGGUUCAUUGUUUGUGAUAAAACAAUAUAUUCAUACGAAGCUACUACCGGCGAGUACGAAGCAUCGGUUACUGUUGUGUGGAACACAAACCACCACGUAGAUCGCACAACAAUUAUUCUGUACAAGUGCGAGGUACUGGGUUCCCACCGUGAGCAUGCCGAUUGUUCGCUCUGUAUGACACGAGACCCAAGGUUCGAUUGCUCGUGGUGUGGCAACAGCUGCAUGAAUCGGCACUCGUGUCUCCACGUUCCCUUCUCCGAGUGUCCUAAGCCUCGCAUAGACAUGAUACGACCGCUCAGUGGACCUAUUGAAGGCGGCACUCUUGUCACUAUUGAGGGCAGCAAUUUGGGAUUGAAGCGCAGCGAUGUUUCCAAUAAAAUUCACAUCGGUAAUACGCCCUGUGUUUUGAUAGACUAUGAAAUCUCAGUGAGAAUUAUUUGUCGGACUGGAGCACGGGAGGCCACCGACAAGGCUACCGUUGUUGUUGGGAAUGACGCUGGCUACACCGAAAGUACAGUAUUGUUUCAAUACAAAGAUAUACAAUUGUCCGGUAUUUAUCCGUCCGUUGGCCCUCAAAGUGGUGGUACACAAAUAGCAAUCACCGGUGAGUACCUGAAUAUUGGAAGUACGAUAUCUGCAUAUUUGGACGAAUUAAAGUGUCAUGUUAAUGCAACACAAGCUAGCAGUACACGUUUAACUUGUGUUACCAGUAAAUCAAAUAGUGUUAGACAAAUUCAAAUAUUAACAUUGAGUAUAGACGGUGCUAAUCGUACACUAACAAAUAAUCCCUUUAAUUACACCCAAGACCCAACAAUUAUGGAGAUAAAACCUUUGCGUAGUUUUGUAUCCGGCGGACGCAUGAUAACCGUCCACGGGACCAAUUUAGACACCAUACAAAAACCCGAGAUGGAAGUUUACGCAGACAACGAAUUGAAGCCGGUAAAUAGAACUGUUUGUAGUGUACUGAAUCCCACUCAAAUGGAGUGUCCGAGCCCCAGUGUUGCUGAUAAGUUCUACAAUCACCGCGCUAAGCGAUUAGUCCGCUCAUUGAUUUACAAACAGCAGCAGCAACAGCAACAACAACAACAUCAGCAGCAGCAGCAGCAGCAACCUCACUCGGUGAUAGCCUCCCGUGGCACUAAAGACACUCAGCUGUCGCUGAAAAUAGCCUUCGUCAUGGACAACGUCGAGAGUGUCCGUGAUUUAGAGAAGCACUUUCAAAAUCUACGGCAUCGCUUGCUCUAUGUUGAAGAUCCAAAAUUUUUUUCCUUCCCUCACAUGGUUAAAUUAUACAAAGGCGACACUUUGGUGAUAGAGGGUGAAAAUUUGAAUUACGCGAGUGAUGAAACUGAUGUUAACGUAACAGUGGGUACUGCGGUCUGCAAUGUUACGUCAUUAGCGCACACACAAUUAGUGUGUACGCCACCGGAUCAACAGCCAGCGGCUACUGAUGAAAUGGGUAUUAAAACAAAACGUGGCUUGCCACUGGUUGUAGUACGUGUUGGCAGAAGCCUACGUUUUCCGAUAGGUUAUCUGCAGUAUGAUGUAAUUAAAUCUUAUCCAAUACCACCGGAGGCUAUCGCUGGUAUUGCUGCCGGUACAUUUGGUUUGGUAUUUCUGUUUGUGCUAGUUCUCGUAGUGUACAGACGAAAAAGCACACAAGCCGAGCGGGAGUACAAGAGAAUCCAAAUUCAAAUGGACACAUUGGAGAGUAACAUAAGAAUGGAGUGCAAGCAAGCGUUCGCUGAACUCCAGACUGACAUGACCGAUUUGACAGCCGAUCUUGAGUCCUCGGGUAUUCCGACACUCGACCACAAAAAUUAUAUUAUGAAAGUAUUUUUUCCCGGAGUGCUCGACCACCCGAUACUCAGCGACCCGAGGUCACGUAGCGCAUUAUCCCGGUCUAAUUACGACACCGCGAUGAUCCAGUUCGAGCAAUUGGUUAACAACAAGUGCUUUAUUUUGACGUUCAUUGAGACCCUGGAAGCGCAAAAGGACUUUAACAUCAGGGACAAAGUAAACGUCGCUUCUUUGCUGAUGGUAGUGCUUAUGGGCAAGAUGGAGUACGCCACGGAUGUCCUGAUGAAUUUAUUACUGAGACUUAUUGAUAAGUCAGUGGAUACCAAGCAUCCGCAGUUAAUGUUAAGGCGCACGGAGUCUGUUGUUGAAAAAAUGCUGACCAACUGGAUGGCGCUGUGUAUGUAUAAUUAUUUAAAAGAUUACGCGGCGUCAUCGCUCUUUUUGCUCUUCAAAGCCAUUAAACAUCAGAUAGAAAAGGGUCCUGUGGAUGUGGUGACUCACGACGCGAGGUACUCCCUGUCGGAAGAGCGGCUGCUGCGCGAGCAGAUAGAUCACAGUAUCGUGACUCUGCACGUGGUCCAAGACGAUCUUGACGAAAAAAUCCAGUGCAAGGUUCUGGAUUGCGAUACUAUUAGCCAAGUUAAGUCGAAAAUACUCGACGCGUUGUACAAAAACACUCCCUUUUCCCUGAGGCCGUCCAUACACAACGUAGACCUGGAGUGGCGGCACGGUCGCGGUGGGCAUUUGACCCUCCAGGACGAGGAUCUGACGACCAAGUGCAGCGGAGGGUGGAAGAAAAUUAACACGCUCUCUCAUUAUGGAGUCAAAGAGUCCGCGGUGAUGUCUCUGAUUCCAAGGCAGAACGAGGCCUUCACGAUGGGCUGCAAGACUCCUUAUCACACGUGCAAGCCUUCCUCACACCAUCAGCAGCACACGCAUCACCACUCGCUGCACCGGAUAAACCACUGCUCCACCGGGCAUCUCCCCUCGACGCCCAGCCAUGGAUUGCUCAGUCCUAUCAUGUACCCUCAUCCUCCCGGGAUCUAUUUUGACGCCCAACACUCGCCUUCUUUGAUCACCGCCAAUGGCGACAUUGAGAGCUCUGGUAAUCAGCGGCUUUGGCAUCUGAUAAGACCUAUUGACGAGGUCCACUGUCCGCCCAGCAAUGGAUUCACCAACAGCAAGCAUCAUCAUCAUCAUACUGAGUGCACGCACAAAGCUAUCCCGGAGAUAUUCUUGACCAGGCUACUCUCGACCAAGGGGACUGUACAAAAAUUCGUGGAUGAUUUUCUUAAUACCAUUUUGACGGCCAACGAAGCAUUGCCCAGCGCUGUUAAAUGGCUCUUCGACUUUCUGGAUGAAGCUGCUAAGCGACACGGGAUUACUGACCCAGAGGUAGCUCACGCGUGGAAGUCAAACAGUUUGCCGCUGAGAUUCUGGGUGAAUUUUAUUAAAAAUCCAGACUUUAUGUUUGACAUAAAUAAGUCGACAACUGUUGACUCGAGUUUGUCUGUUAUUGCCCAAAUGUUUAUGGAUGCAUGCUCGACGACCGAGCACCGGCUGGGAAAAGAUUCACCCUCGAAUAAAUUAUUGUUCGCUAAAGACAUACCGCACUAUCGUGACAAAGUUGGUAGAUUUUAUCAUGAUGUACAAAAAUUACCGGCUAUUACUGAGCAAGAUAUUUCAAGUGCCAUGCAGCAAUUAAGCGCGUCACACGGCAAUGAAUUUGACGUUAUUGCUGCUCUUAAGGAACUAUACAUCUACGUCCAUAAAUACUAUGAACAAAUUCUUGAGGCCUUGGAAUCAGACGCGGGAUGUCGCAAGCUGCAUUUAGCGCAUAGACUUGAAAAUGUAGCGUGCACACUGGAGGGUGAGGAGACCAGUGCCUGCUGACACAACAUCAUUCAAACGAACUCCAUUCAUUGAACAGUUAAAUAUUAAAAGCAAACCUCGGAUUUAAAUUACUGAUUAGUGCCUCGAUUUUGCGCAUCAGACUUACACUCAUUCACUUAUGAUAAAUACUCAUACUUACACUCUCACUCAUUACAGAUAAAACACAAACAAUCCAUUUAAAAUCCCUAGAGAUUCACAUAACACAUUAAUUCUGCUAAAUACAUAUAACAUAAACAUACGCAUUAACACCUCGUAAACUUGUAUAAAAGUGUAACACAUUAUCGAUUAAGUGAUACAAACGAGAUUGCUAGUGACAAUUGCGAUAGCUGGACAAAGCUAUGGACUUUAAUAAUAAAUAAAAUAAAAAACUUUAGUAUUGCGACAGGUCAUAAGUUCGUUGGUGACUCGUGACUCUGUGCAUAGAAAAACCGGGGAAUAGAUGAAAAAAAAUGAGAGAGAGAGACUAAAAAAUGAGGAAAUAAAAAGAAGAAACGAGUUGAAUGAAGAGAUAAAUAAGUGGAAGAAAUCAGUCAUUGUGUCCAUCAGUACUGUUUGUACAAAUAUAUUUAAAGAUAAAAGUGUACGGGCAGCGAGCAAUCUGUGAUCCGAGCACGUGUGGCUAUGCCUACUGUCUUAUCGUCUACGAUAAAUAAUUAUUAUUAAUAUUAUUCUUAUUAUAAACGAUAAUAAUAAUAAUAAUAAUAAUGAUUAUAUUAUUAUAUUAUAUUAUAUAUUAUUAUUAUUAUGUUAGAUAUAGCGGACGGAUUUGGUGGAAAGUAAUCGUGAGUGAUUAUGGUAUGCCUUUGAAAAAUAUUCAGUUUUAUCUGAAUAGUGUAAAAUUGUGGGAAUCUGUAAAUUUUUUUUUAUUGUAUUUUAUUUAAUUGACUAAUUAAUUACUUAGAUUUUUUUAAAGUUGACAUUUAAUGUCAAUUUGUGUAUAAAAACUUUAGAAAUUGAUUGAUUAUUGAGUAAUAAUAAUAAUAAUGAUAAUAAUAAGAUUAAUAACGAAGGCAUUUAACCGCGUACCAUUAAAUACUCACUGAUAAUUAAAUAUUGCGUAUCAAUUCUUACGGAUAUAUUUUAUCUUUUUUUUUAUACACGAGAAUUGAUAUUUACGUAUAUAUAAAUAUAAAUUUAUAUAUAUAUACAUUGAAUAAAUUAUAUAUAAAUAUAAAUUUAAUGAAAAAAAAAAAAAAAACAAAAAUUAUAAAUAUAUAUAUAAAUAUAUAAAUAUUAUACAUAAAAAAAAAAAAUAAUAACAAACAAAGCGCGGAAGCACAUCCAUGGAAUGUAGUGAGCUAGUUAGAGAGGGAUUAUAUAUGUAUAAAUAAAUAUUAUUAUUAUAAUAAUAAUUAUAAUUAUGAUUAUUAUUAUUAACAAAAAAUUGUAAGGCUGAAUGCCUCUCGUUAAGAGAAUCGAAUAUAAGAAACAAAUAAUAUUUAAUUAGUUCGUAAUAAUAAGUAACGAUUAAUGUUUUAGAAAAAUGUCGGUGAUUAAUUAACAAAUUGAUAAAUGAUAUUAUUUAAACAAAUGUGACAACAAUUGAGAUUAAAAUUAUAGAAUAAUUAUUUAAAUCUGAGAGUUGCUGUGUCAAGUGUUAUUAAUUUAGUGCAGCUCACUUGGGCCUAUAAGCCUACGUACAAUUACAAUGGAGUUGAGUACUGUUUAAAUACUCUUAUCUCAAGACUCAUGGUUAAUUAACAAUUUAUUUUUUUUUACUUACAAUUUAUUUUAUACUUGUUAUUACUAUCAUUUUUUUUUUACUUCGUAAUGAAUCUUGUAAAUGGUUUUUACAAUUAAGUAAAUAGAAAAAAAAAAUUAAUUAACUAAACGUUUACGAACAAAUAAAAUAGUGUACUUGUAAUAUUUUUGCGCGGUAUUUUCUCGUAAUUUGCUGUCCGGUCGUUACGUCUGUAUUCGUAUUUAUACGUCUGUAUUCGUAACAAUUAUUAUUAUUAUCAUUAUUAUUAAUGAAAUAAUUGACGACAGACUUAUUAAUUGAUAGCAGAGUGGUUGAAUAGUUACUUAUUAAAUAACUAACCGGUAAUUAAAGUACUGAAUUUAUAAAGACUGUAACUAACAAAAUUUUAAACUCACUACAACACAGUAAAUAAUUCAUUGGUUAAUUAUCAUACUAAUAUUUCUACAUAAAAUUUUUAUGAUAAUUAAAAAGUUAGUAAAUUAUUAUAUAAAGGAUUUUUGACUGGAUCUGUAACUUUUUAAAUUAAACUUUUUUUUUUUUUUUUUUUUUUUUCAUUAAAGUUUGUAGAAUUUAAUAACUAUUUUUUCUCAGUUUAUUUAAAAUCUCCGAAACUUUAAAGAGUAAUUGUUUUUCAUUUUUUUAAUAUUAAAGUUAUUGAAUUAGUUUACCGUGAAAAAAGUAACUUUAUAACCACUUUGUGAUAUUAUUAAAUUAAAAUUCAUUAAGAAAAUAGAUAGCGGUAGUUGAAUAGACGCGAUAGAGCAAAAGCGGCAUUUUUGUACCAGUUUCAUGAUUAAAAAAAAAAACAAAUAAUAAGAAUCAAGAUGUGCCUGAACUCCUUAUUGUCAAAUAAUUAUCGAUGGCACAGUUGAUAGAUACACAUUAGACAAUUAGUUCGUUUGUCUCCGAGUAUCUAUUGUACAUCGAUUCAAUGGUUCAUUUAUUACUGUAUUAUUUACAAAUAUUCAUUAAUUGAGUGUACUAUUUUUUGUAAUUAAUUAUUUUUAAUAUUUCAAUCUGUUAAAAUUAUUCAAU